GACCCCGCCCCCUGAGAGAGGUCAAGCGUCCUGCUCUUCUCACGUCGAGUACAGAUAGGCCCGGGGCUUGACGCCGGCGUUACGGGUGGGUGGUCGAGUUCCUGGAUGCAGACAGUGGAGAGCACGCGGCCGGUGCCCUUACUGCCACCCCACGACCCAGGGACGCCGGCGCUGUCAGUGGUGGACAUGCACGCUGGUGGCGAGCCCCUGCGCAUCGUUAUGGCAGGGUGCCCGGAGGUGGUCGGCCCCACGCUGCUGGCCAAGCGGCGCUUCAUGCGCCAGCACCUUGACCACGUGCGGCGACGGCUUAUGUUUGAGCCCCGGGGCCACCGGGACAUGUACGGGGCCGUGCUGGUGCAGAGCGAGCUGCCAGACGCGCACCUGGGCGUCCUGUUCCUGCACAACGAGGGCUAUAGCUCCAUGUGCGGACACGCGGUGCUGGCGCUGGGCCGCUUCGCGCUCGACUUCGGGCUGGUGCCCGCGCCCUCGGCCGGCGCCCGCGAGGCCCGCGUGAACAUCCACUGCCCAUGCGGGCUGGUGGCCGCCUUCGUGGAGUGCGAAGGCGGCCGCAGUCGCGGCCCGGUGCGCUUCCAUAGUGUCCCGGCCUUCGCGCUGGCCACAGAUCUCUCAGUGGAUGUUCCUGGUCAUGAAAAGUUGGUGGUGGACAUUGCAUAUGGUGGUGCAUUUUAUGCAUUUGUUAGUGCUGAAAAGUUAGGACUCGAUGUUUGUUCUGCAAAGACAAGGGACCUUGUGGAUGCAGCGACUGCAGUGACGAAAGCAGUGACAGCUCAGUUUAAAAUUACUCAUCCUGAUAGUGAAGACCUUGGCUUUCUAUAUGGAACUAUAUUAACAGAUGGAAAAGAUGCUUAUAGUGAAGAACCAACCACCAACAUCUGUGUGUUUGCAGAUCAACAGGUUGACAGAAGUCCUACUGGCUCAGGAGUGACAGCUCGAAUUGCCUUGCAGUAUCACAAAGGGCUUCUGGAACUAAACCAGACAAGAGCCUUUAAAAGCAGUACAACUGGCUCAGUAUUCACAGGGAAGGCUGUGAGGGAAGCAAAAUGUGGUGAUUUUAAUGCUGUUAUAGUGGAAGUAUCUGGACGAGCCCAUUACACAGGUACAGCAAGUUUUGUAGUAGAAGACGAUGACCCACUGAGGGAUGGAUUUCUUCUUAAGUGAUUUCUGUGAUUUUUAAGGGCUUUCUUUUAAAACAAUAAUUAUCUUUAGGUAAUUUUACUAUAAAUUAUGUGAAAACAUAUAUCCAAAUUGUACAUAUAAGCUAACUCCUGUUCUUUCUAAAAUGGUACACUGUGGCUAAAUAUAAAGUCAUUAUACCUCAUAUUUGCACGUACAUGUAUAUACAGGUAUAAAUCUCACUUAUGUCUAGUAUAUACAAUGCCAAAAAUUCAGAAUAUUUUUCUAGUUAUUAACAUAUCAGGUAAAAUUAAAGCCUUAGUUCUUAUUUUAAAAUACUACUCUAUGAUAAUUGCUAUAAUAUUUUGUUUUAAAUGUUCUUUGAAUAAUAGCUUAAAUUGUAGCCCUCACAAUAAUGACUCUUAGAAGUCUUCUAGUUUUUGAGUAAAAUAAUGCCCUCUCUCUAAGCAAGUUGUAAGGAAGAUGAAUUAUUAUAAGGUACUCAACACUCAGCAUACAUAGCCUGGGGCCAGCUUUUCUGGGUAGAUGUCGUUACAGUUGCUGCCAGGAUGUUGUCUGUGCUACAAAGCCCACCUCCUACCUCAGGUACCUGAAGACUCAUAAACUGACAUGAGAAGACCAACUUACAGUCAGACUUUUGAUAUAUCUUUAAGGCUCUUAAGAAAGGGAUUGUGUAUUGCAUUAUUGAAAUAUAUAUACACAAUAGAAAUAAAUCAGUGAAUCACUACAGUGGGAUGAGCCUCAUACUCUACCAAUUACAUGCCAAGUAGAUUUAAAACAUGAGAGAAAUGUAACUAUUGACAUUCUUGCUAGUUAAUUGUGAACCUGUUAAAAAUAAAUUUGAUCAUUAUCAGUUAUUAUAAAAUGAAGUAUUAAAAAAUUAUUUGAUGUGUGA